AUGAACAAAGUUCUUUUUCUUCUGCUUGUUUGUGCGGUUGGUUCAGCUAUGAGUAAAAUGGGCAUGACCUUCAUAAAGACUGCACAUGAUUCCCGUUUCGGUAUUGAUAAUUUUAGUUGCCAUGCACCCGCCGGUUUCGACGGAGUGAAAUCGUGCAAUGCAUAUACAGGAGAUACUGAUUGUGAAACUUCCUUACCCGUCCUCUGCGUUAAUAUUGAUAACAGCCCACGUCCAGCCUAUCCUAUUACUGAUCCAGGAUGCACCAGUUGUGCGAUGCCUUAUUGGUUUUAUUUCGGUUGGGGUCGUGGUAAUGUUGCCAGUACAACACCGGUCAAAGCAAGCCAAUUUCAAACACGACAAGAUAUUGAUGCUUUUUGCGCAUCAACGUUCGGAACUGGUUGGAAAGUGGAAUCUUGGAAUGAAAUGAGCAAAUGGAUUUCUGGCAUGGGUGGAGUAGAUGGAUUAAAAUAUUCUGGAAGCGAAUGGACUGCUAAUGCCGACAAAAUGCAGAGUGGUGGAUGGGGUUUCUUCGCUUAUGGUAAUGUACGAAAUGAUAUUCGUCUUUGGAUGCAUGGUCCACUUGAUCAAUCUUCGACUUGCUGGGCACAUUGA